AUGCUACUGGAUCACAACGCCGAUGGGGAAGACAUUCUCCCAGCAGAGGCGGCAGAGGUAGAAGAAGAGGCAGCAGAGUCGGUCGCACUCCAGUUAGGCCAAACCCACCAAGAGGCCUUCAUUUGGUUGAUGAAGAAACUGAUGAUGAAGAAGGAGAUCCUGCUUUUGCAGAACCAAGCCCAAGCUCUCUCCUCAAGCUCCACUGAGUCAUCUUCCAAAGACUCACCUCCACUAGCAUCAACUAAGGGGGAGACAUUUCAGUCCAACAUGGCAGCAACUCCCUCUCAACAUCUUGUUUCCGAAGAUGUUGCUGCACAUGUUCCUGAAAAUGCUGCUGCACCUACUGUCUCAGACAAUGCUUCUCAAAAUGUUGCUGAGGAUGCUGCUCCCUACCAGGAUGAGGAAAUGCCUGAUUUUUCUGGGAUGUCUUCUGCUGAGCAUGUAGACAUUCCCACUGUUGAUGCCCAGGAUUUCACCACCACUGAAGAAACACCCUCUGCUCCAAAUGAAGAUCCUCUGGAAACUCUGGCAGAGGCAGCUGUUCAAGUGGAUGCACCACCUUCCCAAGCUGAAGAAGAAGAGAAAAGUGAUGAUAGCUGGGAAGUUCUCCUUGCCUCAUUUCGCAAAAAUUUGCCACCUUCAGAGUCAGACAGUGACUCGUCUGAGGAAUUCUCUCAGAUGCAGGAAGAUGUUGCCCCACGUGUUGCAUCACCUGAGCCAGCAUACAUCCCAGAUGAACUUGAAGACUCAGAAGAAGAGGAAUCUUCUGAGGAAGAAGAGCUGAAAUUGGAUGGGAAUGAUCUGUCAACUCCUUUUGAGCUUACUCACUCUCUAGCUCAGAUUACCUAUCACCAGUCCAUGGUGGAAAUGCUCCAAAAAACUCUUUCUGAUCAAAAAGGGGGAGAAAAAUCUAGUCAUGAAGUUGAAGCAGGGACUUCUCAUCAUUUGGAUGCCAGAGGCAGAGAACAUGGAGUUAAUGAAGAAGAAGAAAAAAAUGAGGGUGAAGCUGAAGGAGCAAAGGAAAGCAGCAGCAGCUGA